AGCUGAUUACUGUACACACAACUACUUGAGCCCCCUGGUGGCUAACGCAUGUAACUACACGACUUUUUAGACACAUCAGUGGCGUUUCUAUAGGGAAGGGAUGGGUCAUACAUGCAGUACUUCAUCCGCUCUACAGGGGGCAACCACGAGCAGUAGUAAGCGUCACAAUGUAGGAGCCGUAGAAGAAGGCUCACAUUUAAACAAAUAUGGCGCUAUCCAAUAUUAAACGUAGACACCGGAAGUUGGACUUUUGACAGCAACUGGACAACAAACUAUACAUUUGUCGUAUUUGAACGCUAUUUCAACGGAUGUAUAGCAACUAUGACACCCCGAUAAUUGGUGGCUUGCUGCAGUACAAGUAAGAGUAGUGUUUUAAGGCUAAAAAAAAUACAAAUUGUAAAUAGCUAGCUAUAGCCAUGACACUCAGAGAACUGAACUGCUGAACUCUAAACCCGAUUUUAAGAAAACUGACCACGACUUCUUCCAAAUACACUCCAUAAGUACACUCCAUAAGUAUCUAAAUACAUAAUUAAUUAAUCAGGGAUCGGACUGCUGCAGUUGUAUUUCGUAGUGAAUAUACUGUUUAUGGAAAGUUCUCCCAAGAACCCGGAUGAAGUAGCCGAAUAAACCCAUCCGUGCUAGGCUACGCUACCUAAGCAACGUAUUAAUUUUUCCUUAUACUGGACUAUAAAAACGCCACUGUAUGCAAUGACCUCUUCCCCCCCACAGUGUCCAUUAAAUGCUGACAAAAGCCUGACAAAAACAAGAAAUACUGAUGCCACUGCAUGUACAUUUUCAUGCAGAAAGAGGGCCACACAUGCACGCUUUUAAGAUACACUUGGUAGUGUGUGACGCCUCCUUUUACCCAACAUGCUCCUCUGGUUCCGCACUUGGUGUCCGCUUUCUCAGAGUCUCCACACCCCUCACAUGAAGUUGAGUUUAUCUGAGGUGUAAACAUUAGAGAUGGUGGUGUCUGAGCUGAGGGCGGAGGGAAUAUUCAUCCCUUUGAGCUCAAACCGGGGCCCCGGAUCAGAUGAUAAUCCAAGGGUCGGUGCUGGUGUGGAGUCCUGCCCACUUGAAACUGUGGUCUGGGUGGAGCCAAAGGAUAUGCUUGUUAAAAGAAGCGCUUGGAGGCUGCAGUGGGCUCGGAUGGAUGACCACUGUGUUGUACACCUGUUGGCGAAACGAGGCAACGUUACCUCACAGGUUGGAAAAAGACGACAUGCACAACAUCAGGAGAAGAUGUCUUCCUGUGUCCUACUCUCUGUCCUCUGGAGCCUUCCGCUCAGUACUACUAUCACUGUGGGUGAGUUGUCAGUUUGAUGCCGAUACUGUGCGAAUUCAAGUCAUUAAUAUCUGUAAUGGACUACAUUGGACCCCAGGGCCACCAGGUGAACAGCACUGGUGUCGACCCUCAAUGACCUUUCAUAGAAGUUCAAUGACUUGUAACGCCGUUGCAUUGAUGGUAUUUUUCUUCUUCACAGGUUUGAUCGUAUUGGGUGACAGAGAAGAAGUCCAGAUGGUUUGCGCCGGGAAGGAAUUCCGCUUGCCGGUUUACUCGACGUCAAGAAUCGUGACCUUCACGCCGAACCCUGUGGGACCGAGGCGUGUCCUCCUUGAGAAGACCUUUGUAAGGGACCCUCGUUUCAAGUGGACCAAAGAUAAGAUGUUGGUCCUGAAGGAAGUGACUCAUGCUGACCAGGGACUUUAUUCGAUCAAACUGGCUUCUGGGUUCACCUAUGAGACGGUUCGUCUGACUGUUUCAGAAUGCAUCAAGACCUACUAUAGAAACUACGGAGAGAACUUUGAAUGCAACAUCCCCAAAAACGGCUCAGUCCUGGAGUUUUCUCCCCGAGGCGCUCCGUCUGAGGCGAUGCCAAUCGUUCUGUGGAACCGCACCGACCCUGACACCAGUGGUGCCGGUCGGGGUCGGCUGCUGCGAGACGGGAAGGUCUGGGUGGCUGAGAGAGUGACGCAGGCCGACCAAGGCAACUACACAGUGCGGGACACCGAGGGCACGGUGGUGUCUCGCGGCACCCUCAACGUCGGCGGACACACUUUUAAUGUGAUGCGCUCCAGCAGGGAGUCGCUGACCCUGCCCCUCUUCCUCCCUCUACCCCAAGCCUACCUCAUUUUUUCACCAAUCCGACACACUGAUAAAUCCUUCCUGGAUAUUUCCAACUCUGCUCGUGGUCCCGUUCAACUAAUCCGUGAAGGCCACAUAUCCAACCAAGACCCUCGGUUCAGGGGUCUCAUCUCCGUGGGCAGGAACGGCUCCAUUAACGUGGUGGUCGUAGUCAGGCUGACCCCGAUCCAUGAUGGCGUCUAUGAAAUCAGAGACAGCGAUGGCAACCUGGUGUCGUCCACCACGUUGCAGGUGACCGAAAGGGUGGACAAGCUGCGAGCUCUUCUCAAGUCCGUCACUGUCCCUUGUAGCUUGUUUCUGUCUCUGACCGGGAUGAUUCUGUUCUUGAAGCGCUACCCUCGGCCAAACUGCGACCGGUCAAACGUGAUCGCCUGCUUCAGGAGGAACCGUGCCCCACAAGCCCAGCCCCAGAUGGUAAACAUCCAGAACUACAGUGAUCCAAGCCCUCAACCUCCAGGCUACUAUAAUCACGUUCAGCAGCCUGGAACGCCGAGGAAAUGGACACCGGGUGCCACUCCAGUUCACAAUGGUUAUAGUCCUGUGAGGGGAGCAACACCUCGACAUACUCCUGUUCGGUCAAAAGCUGAGAACCGCGAAGCACAGAGAGACGCCAUUGACGCGUCUAAUGAGGAAGAGAGGAGUAUUUCCUUCCCGUUGGAUGGAGCUUCAGAUUGCCUCCACGCGUCUGAAGAUUGCGUUCAGUUUCAGAUCAAAAAUUCAACAAAACUUCAAGAAAAACGAAUCAAAACCAAAGAGUAUUAUUCCACAUUACCGCUAGACACGGAUACAUCCGAAACCUGCAGCGUUUACAUUUCCAAGAAACUGAACAUCUCGUAGUGCAUAUAGGAGGAGCAUGUGAUACAAGUCCCAGAAAAGACAAAAACUCACCCGUGCCUUUUUUGCAAUCAAGCCUCCACUUUAUUUCAAUUUCAAUGCUUUCGUAUCAACAUGCAUGCCAUUAGUGUAAGUGCAAUGGUACUUUUAUGCAACAUGAUAUGAGUAUUUAACUUCCUGCUUCAUAGUGGUCGUUUCUUCAUUGCGAUGGAGCUUCCGAAGUCUCCUUUUUUAGCAUCCACUGAUGUUGCCUACCUCCAGACCCUCAGGACCACCCUGUUCUGCACUGUAUAUAUUUGCUGAGUGAGAUUGUUAUGGGGCUUCAUCCAAAAUAGACAGUGUAAUAUAAUAUAAAUAUGUUUGCAAAGUUACUUACAUGCUUACUAACUACUAAUUUUCAUGUUAAAUGUAUGUGCUGUAGUAGAAUAAUGUCACCAUAACAAGCCCUGAAGUACUGUGCAAGUAGUACAAGUGAUGUACAGUGUAACACGCUCCACCAAAUAUUGUAUUGUACUGUAUCAGCAAAUCCUUCCCAUUUGAUGAGAAUGACUGGAAGUUUUAUUUUUGUACCAUAAAAACAUGUAUUAUUGUUGUGUUUUAAAAUAAAAUAUAUCUAAA